AUGAUGUUCACCAAGACUCUCGGCCUUGCCGCCCUCUUCACCACCAUUGCCUCGGCUCUUCCCCAGGACUCAAUGGUCCGCCGUGCAGGCAUGGUCCGCCGUGAUGGCGGUGGUGUCACAAUCACCAACAACCUUCAGCAGGACGUCUACGCCUGGUCUGUUGCCGGCGACGUCGGCCCCAUGGAGACUAUCAAGGCUGGCGGUGGCACAUACGCCGAGAACUGGCGCACCAACCCCAACGGUGGCGGCAUCUCCAUCAAGCUGGCCCUCGACCCCAAUCAGCACGAUGUCCUCCAGUUUGAGUACACUGAGGCCGGUGACACCAUCUUCUGGGACAUGUCCUGCAUCGACAUGAAGCCUGGAGACAACAAGUUCACAGAAUUCGGCUUCGCUGUCAUUCCUUCAGAUGAGACUUCCACUUGCCCCAAGGCUAUCUGCAAGGCUGGCGAUAAAGCUUGCUCAGCAGCUUACCUCCAGCCCUAUGAUGACCACGCCACUCACGGCUGCCCCAUCAACACUGCUCUGGAGCUGGCUCUCGGCCAGGCAUAA